AUGGGAUAUUCAGGGAAUGGUACUAGCUGUGAAAGUAAGUGGAAUAGAAUCCGAGACAACAACAGUGUGAGGAGCCAUGCAUCAGCCAUGAAUUACUAUAGAUGCCGAUUAGUAGGCUGGCUGAUGAGUUAUGGCUUUAUUAUAUUUUUGGCUCACGAAACUCGACAAUUUUAAGCUGAAAACCUCAGAAUCAGAAUCAUGUAUGCGCACCGUGCACUUGUAGUUGUCCUUAAGAAGUUUUAACUUGCGCCAGUGUCCCUAUCAACAAUGAUUUUAAUGACUGAUAGUAACAAAUAGUAAAAUACAUAAUAAAAUAAGAAUCAUACUAGUAUACCUAUCAGUAGUAAAUGCUGACUUGCUCCUUAAUUUGACGAUAUAUCAAAACGGCACCCCCUUUCCAUAUUAACAACCCCAGUUUAAAUACAAUCGUAAGCUCCUAACUCAUCGUAACUGUAAGCUCAACACUAACUUAAUCGUUGUAACGUCAUUAUUGUACAUAUUAUGAAUAAAUCAUUGUUUUGGUCGCAAAUAUAUUUCUUUGAUCUUGACCGUAACCACAAUCCAUCCCUAACCUGACUUUAUCGUGGGCGAAACAUGAGAAUCUAACCAUAAACUCUUUCUUAAUCUUAUUAUCCUACCGUUACUCUAAUAUCUGUGAUAUCAGAACGACAAUACUAUGGAAGCUUGUACCCAUUUUUGGAACCUUUUCACUAAACCACAACAUCAUUCAAUGCAUGACUCAACAAUUAUUUUAAGACCACACAGAUUAUUCAAUGCUUUUAAUUACAAAAGCAAUUACCAGCAUUCGAACAGCGGCGUAUAAAAAGCGCGUAAGUUCGAAUGCCGAUAAUUUUAGAACUAGGUAAUAAAACGCAAAUCCCAGCGGCAAAUGUUUAGAAAAUUUCUUAUCUUACCUUGUCACAUUGAAUCCAAUAAAAAAUUUUAAAAAUCCUGAGCCCCUCGAAGCUUUAUUUAAGACCCUAUAUUUUCUGUUCAAAUGUAUGUUUUUACCGGAAUUGGGUUUCCGUGCUCGCAGGGAAACUACCUACAAUAACCAAUUACGCAUUCUGAUUGGCUAAGAGAAAAAUUGUCAACAAAUGCGCUGAUUGGUCGGAAACGAAAUUCCCCCUUGUUAGUCCAGCAGCAAUGUAAUAGUACAGCGGAAAACGCGAGCACGUGAAAAGAUUCUGACUUAAUAUUCCAUAAACUCUCUAGCUCUAGAUCUGCAGAGCAAUUUUAACAGAUUUGUUAUUCCCAAAUCAGUGCAACGUAAGGUGUUUAUCGCCGCCACGACAGAAAAAUUAUAAUGGUCCGCUGGCCAAUCACAUCGAAUGCUCAGAUUACUUGACAAGUUUUCAGGCGAACAAAGUUUGUACUUUGACAAUUUUUUUAUGACAAGUGCACUUGUUCAAAAGCUAGAUGCUAGCUUUUGAACAAGUGCAUUUGUCAUAGAAAAAAUUGUCAAAGUUGCGCGUAUAGACGAACAAAUAAAACUUGUCACAUACUGGAAACUCGUCAUAGAAAACUUGCUCGUCUGUGACCGCAUUAAUGUUUCUCAUAUACAGGGUACCCCAUACAAUCCAAAACGAUUGAAAUAACGUUGAAAUAAUUUGAAUGACUCAGAAUUUUGCUGAACGCAAAAGUGCAUAACAGCUUGACAUAAGUAAAUUUUAUGCAUAAAGAAACUGUUUAAUUUAAUAAGAAGCUGCUAGCUUUAAAUUCCGAAGAGCAGAAAUUCGCUUGAAUACAAUUCUUCGCCAAUUUUCCUUUCUUUCGAAUUUAUCUAAUUGAUGCGAAGUCGUUUAAGAACUGAAUAUCGAACAACAUGGAGCAAAACUUGCAUCCAAGGUCGACGUCGAACUAAAGCCACGUUACUUCGAAAACUAGAGUUGAGGACAUUGUUUUUAAUCAUUCGACACAGGCCUAACAUAACAAAACAAAACGGCAUGAUUAAUGAUAACAAAAUAUUCCAUGCACAUGCUUCAAUCCCACUGACUUGCCCCUAUAGUUACGUUGCAUGCUUAAAUAAUGCACAUGCCAUUCUAUUGUGUAUGCAGUAUAGUGUACUAUGCUUUUUGGCAGGCAAAAGUACAUUCAAUUAACCCAUGAAAUAGCAUGCAAAGCAUCGUUCUCUUAAAAUGCCAUACUAUAGCCAUAGUUGGCAUAGCCUGCAGAGCACUCGUUUUGGUUAAGGGCUUAGGCGAAGGAAACGCCUGCAGUCGUGUCCAGCAGAAAAAAAAUAAUGCGUUCUCCAGCGAACGCAGUAUUCUGAUUGGUCCGCGAUAAUUAGCACUAUCUCUUUACUUCCGAUAUUGCAUGAAAUUUGUUGUCUUGCUGAUGCGUGCCAAAAUCACAACAUGUCCACAUUGGAAGAUUUCGAAAGUGCACUUUCGCAUUUUUCUACCGCAAGGAUUACAAACUCUCUCGGAAUAUAACUGUGGGUCACGAUGUAAUUUAAUAGCUAACUUUAUAAGCAUGCAAGGCUUAUAAUCUAGUACGGGGACGUGACUUUCAAAAGUAUAAAGAACUACUGUUUUAAAAUUAUACUAAGAACGUCAACAGGCCGGACGAAAGUGCAACGAGGACGGUUAAUAAUGUCAUAUAUUAAUACAAGAAAAUGAGCAAAAAUAAAUAAUUAAACUCGAUCCCUCGGAGGUUUUAGACGUCGCCGUUGCUCUGUGUAUAAAGGCAAAAUACAGAUUAUCACGUCUUGUAUAUGUGUAAAGGCCAAAUUCCACAACGAGCGAAAUGCGAAAAAUUUUGCGCGAAAAGGUUGAACGCAUGCGCAACAUGAUUUUGGAUUGUUUCCGCUCUACGAAAUAUUUCUCUUCGCCAGGUAGUUGAAUUCUUUUCUACUCCGUUGCGAAAUGGAAAUAGCGAAAUUAAACCAAUCAUAUGCUUGUGUUCUGAAUGACAAAAUAGCGAAACCAAUCAAAUGCUUGUGUUCUGAAUGACAAAAUAGCGAAACCAAUCACAUGCUUGUGUUCUGAAUGAAAAAAUAACGAAAUCAAUCAAAUGCUUGUGUUUUGGCGACGAGAGAAACUUUUCGCACAAGUGUGCGGUUUUCGCGCGAAAUUUUCCGCAUUUCGCUCGUCGUGGAGUUGCGCUUAUAUUUCAAGCUGGGACAAAUACGACGUUCUAUUGGGUCCUAGAACUUUUCUGAAUCAUUAACCUUGUGUUAAAUUUGAUCCCUGAACUGUAUUAUUUUCAUACGAUGGAUAGACGACAGGUUUUCUUCUGCAAGUGUACCGAACGAUGUUGAUCAGCAAACUGUAUUGGAUUUAUUAGGAUGGAAAACAUUAAAAGAACAACGAUUAAAAACUAAAGCGAAAACAAUGUUUAAGAUACUUCAUAAUAUGGGGCCAAAUUGCCUCAAAGACUUAUUCAUUUUCAAAAAAAAUGAAAUAUUGAAUCAUAAUCUACGUGACAGCUCGACCACAUUACGGUUGCCAAAGCCACGUUCGAACAGUUUAAAGAAGAGUUUCAUGUAUGACGGAGCUGUCAUAUGGAACUCUUUGCCAGAAAUUAUUAGAGAAAGCAAAACGCUAUCAAUUUUCGAAAGGAAAAUCGCUACCCAUUAAUUCUUAUUAAAGCAUGAAUGUAAAUAAUAAAUUAACGUAUAUUAUAUAGUAUAUUUUCUUUUUCACAUAUAUGCAUGUAAUUUCUUACUACCUUUAUCUUUUUUUCUUGUAAAUUUACUUUUGUUCACACGCCCAUUGUGGAAACCAGCUUUAGCUGACAAUGUUAGCGUGGUUAAAUAAAGUUUAUCAUCAUCAUCAUCUUCACUAAUGAGUUUGUUUGCUUUCGCGUUCCCGACCUACACUAAUUAAGCUCGCUAAUAUUGACACUGGCAUAUUAUAUUGGAUAACUGGGUAGUGGGUCCCUACGACUAUGUUAUCGUGAGACGGUGUAGGGAAGGAAGUUGAUGAUGGGUUAAAGAUUAACGAAGAUGAAUUAAGAGAUUUGUGUCGGCGUUUCAGUUGUAAGUAAACUGUAGGGAUGUCAAUGUGACGGUUAAAUGUUGGUUUGUCUAAACUAUGCCAGGCUUCUCAAAUAAACUCAAGGGCAUGUUUGGUCGUUGCUUGUCAUAGGCACUUCGUUUUAAAAGUCGAAUUUAUGUCCGUUGUCGUCUGUGUGUUUAGCUGGUGAGUGAUUGAUUGAGUUUUGGUGUUCUGUUAGUCUAUAGCUUGUCUGAAUCUUUUCAGAAUGUAUUUGUCCGGACAGUUUUUGCAAGGGAAAAUAUAAGUGGCCUUAUGUUUUUCUUUUAUAUGUGUUUUGUCUUUGUGUUUAGUGAAGUUGGUCCUACUGUAAGUUUGCAUGUUGGUGUGUGCAACGUCUAUGUUGAAUGGUCGGAGCGAGAAGUCUAGCAUGCCAUUUCCGAUGUUAGUAGUGUGUAUGUAAGGAAGUGUAAUUUUUCGGUAGUAGUCUAAGGAGUAGUCAUUUUUGUAGAAAGUAGAGUAUAAAUACUUGCGUUCGUAUUGUUUGAAUUGAUAUCAGUGUUACAAUGUAUGUCAAUUCUGUUAAAUAGUGUCUUUAUGCAACUGACUUUGUGUUGUUUUGGGUGAUUCAUGCUAUUGUAAUUUAAUAUUUGAUCUGUUAUAUGUGUUUUCUUGCGAUAAACUUGCGUGUUUAAAGUACCGUUGUCUGUUUUUGUUAUUGGACGUCCAAAAAUGCGAGUUUAGGCCCUAUAUAUAUAUAUAUAUUUUCGUUUUACCUCAAAAAACCACAACAGUCUGUUUCAUCCGUUGCAAGUCAGUCAAAUCCGUCAUCGAUCAGUGCAGGAAAUUGAGACCGAAAAUGAGCCAAGCAGCUUACUGCAUGUGCUUAAAAGAUAAAUCGCCUUUCCCAUCAAGAAAAGAUCCAGAACUGUGUGAUGAAAUAAAAAAUGGCUCUCGACCCUGGUUUUUUGAGGUAAAACGAAAAACUAUAUUACGCUCUAUCUAUAUGGUAUUGAGCACUGUUUGUGUUUCUAAACCAAAAUCUUAAGCUAUAUAUAUAUAUAUAUAUAUAUAUAUAUAUAUAUAUAUAUAUAUUUUUAUAUAUAUAUAUAUAUAUAUAUAUAUAUAUAUAUAUAUAUAUAUAUAUAUAUAUAUAUAUAUAUAUAUACCGGGUGGCGCAAAAAAAAGUUAACCUGUUUGAUUUGUUUUAACUUAAAAGCUAAGAGCUAUUACACGUGAACUACGUGCAUUGCAUUCAGUAUUGUCUAACUUAAAUUUUGAUAUACGCCCGGUGUAUUUUUGUGCAAUAUUGACCGAGAGAGCUGCGUUUAAACUUGAGUAACCAUUUUUGAAAGUGUCGAGAAUUAGCCAAAAACGGCCUAUCAAAUAUUUAAUACAGCAAUAACCUGUGCUUAGAUGCUAUAGUCAGAAUAAAGUACACGUUCGUUGUCAGAGACCUGCGCAACGCCGCCGGUAUAACCUCACGAGUAUUAUUUAGCCUACCCUUGCAUAUUCUAAACAUAUCGAAACUCCUUGGACCUUCGUUAAACGAGGCGUAUUUAUACAAAAAAGUCGACGUUUCUUUCUUGGAACAUUAUAAUUUGAUUCCCCAGGGUCAUUGAAUAUUUAGAAUAAAUCUUUUAAAAUCAAAAUCGCUUCAUAAUUUAAUUUUCAUGCAUUCCCGAAGACCUUAAACAAAAAUAGGGGAGCUAGCACAUCCAUCCAAUAAACGUUUCUAAUUUAGAUUUCACUUCAUUCAAACGAAUAUUCACGAUAAAAUGGUAACAGUUAUCAAAUUAGUUUAACAGGUUGUUUUUGGCUGAUUCUCGACACUUCCAAAAAUGUUUAUUCAAGUUUAAACGCAGCUCUCUCGGUCAAUAUUGCACGAAAUUGCACAGGGCGUAUAUCAAAAUUUAAGUUAAACAAUACUGAAUGCAAUGCGCGUGUAAUAUUAUAUAAUAUUUCUCACACAGGCACAAGUUGCAUGAAAUAGUAGCAAAAAAUGCAACUUGUGCCUGUGGGAGAAAUAUUAUAUAAUACGUCAACGUAAGACUGCAACGCUCAACAAAAGAAGUGAACUUAUGUCGGAAUGUAGACAUUCAAAGAAAUUUUUAUUGGGCAAUGCAAUUACUUAGUUAGAACGAUGAACUAUAGCUUUUAACACUUAGCAUAUAAACAUUAUCUUAAUCCAUCCGUGAAACAAUACAACAAUGAACAUAAUAAUGUAGAGACAAUGAACCAUAUAGUACUUAGAUUUUAUACAAAUUCAAUAUGACUUUUUAGCAUUUUAAAUUUAUUGUAAUUUGUUUAUCAAUGAACUUGCCAUGUAACAUUAUCGAUCGGUAUUCGCCUGACGAUUGCUUCAGCAGAAGCAUGAAACUCAGAGUAGCAAUUAAAUGUUUUUAAACUAAGAAGUCUCUCUUAACUCUAUAUAUAUAUAUAUAUAUAUAUAUAUAUUUAUACAUACAUAUAUAUAUAUAUAUAUAUAUAUAUAUAUAUAUAUAUAUAUAUAUAUAUAUAUAUAUAUAUAUAUAUAUAUAUAUAUAUAUGUAUAUAUAUAUAUAUAUAUAUAUAUAUAUAUAUAUAUAUAUAUAUAUAUAUAUAUAUAUAUAUAUAUAUAUAUAUAUAUAUAUAUAUAUAUAUACUGAAGACUAUAUUAAAAAAAAAUAGUCGAUGAGUUGACGUAAGGUAGAAGAGCGCUCAAUACCAUAAUAAGUAGAGCGGAAUUAAUUCAGUCAAGGUUUGAAUGUUUGCGUCGCUACUCUGAGUUUCACGCUUUACGCGAUCAUCAUUUGUUACCUGAUGAUCGCGUAAAGCGUGAAACUCAGAGUAGCGACGCAAACAUUCAAACCUUGACUGAAUUAUAUAUAUAUAUAUAUAUAUAUAUAUAUAUAUAUAUAUAUAUAUAUAUAUAUAUAUAUAUAUAUAUAUAUAUAUAUAUAUAUAUAUAUAUAUAUAAUUCAGUCAAGGUUUGCGCAGUUACGUUAGAAUAUGAUGAUGUUGUAAUGUGUUCAUAAAAUCUUAUUCAAUGUGUGUGUGUAUUUCUUUCUUUUAAGUGCCCAUCCAGGGUCACAAGGCCUGGACAAAUCUUAGGAUUUGAGCUCACGAGUGGAAGGAAUACUAUCGUAUAAGAUUUUAUUAACACAUUACAACAUCAUCAUAUUCUAACGUAACUGCGCAUGUCAUCGUACGAUGUUCAAAGUUCAGGGACAGCGACGCGUGAUAUACCUGUUUAUUUAUGCAUGUUAACUCAUGCUGACACAAAGAGAGUGCUCGAAUAAAUAAAUUAUGAGCAUUAAAAAGGUAGAUAUUUGUCAUGUUUGUUUCAUGUUUUAAGCCUAUGUAGCGGUCUCUCUUCUUUAGUGUAUCAGUCUACGGGGACCCCCUACGACCUAAUAUAUUUUAUCAUUUUUACCAAAGGGCUGAAACAUAAUCAUAGUACCUUAAAAUAACGUGUCUAGAGUGCUCAAACAAAAGCGAGCAUUAUAUAGGUAGAUAUUUUAAUGUGUUUGUUUCACAAAAGUAUAUAUCGCUGUUUAACUUACGAUAGUAUUCCUUCCACUCGUGAGCUCAAAUCCUAAGAUUUGUCCAGGCCUUGUGACCCUGGAUGGGCACUUAAAAGGAAGAAAUACACACACACAUUGAAUAAGAUUUUAUUAACACAUUACAACAUCAUCAUAUUCUAACGUAACUGCGCAUGUCAUCGUACGAUGUUCAAAGUUCAGCGACGCAAUAUAUAUAUAUAUAUAUAUAUAUAUAUAUAUAUAUAUAUAUAUAUAUAUAUAUAUAUAUAUAUAUAUAUAUAUAUAUAUAUAUAUAUAUAUUGAAUAUACGUUGAAUUCUAAUAUAUAUAUUGAAUAUACGUUGAAUUCUAUUAACAUUUCUAUUAUGCAUGAUUGUUGCUUUAUGACAAUUCAUAGAUAUCAACGAAUGCGCUGUUGGUACUGACAACUGCCACGAGGAUGCCGCAUGUUUAGACACAGACGGUUCAUAUGAAUGUAGCUGCAAUGAGGGAUAUUCUGGGAAUGGUGUGGCCUGUGAAAGUACGUAA